AUGGUGCCUCAUGUCUCCCAAAACGCUCCGAGAGCUCUGUUGAGGGCCUACUGUGCCGGCACGAGCAGCAGCGCUGUCCGGGCUUACAGCUGUUCUCGCCGGUCCAUACGCCACACCACCAGCAGCCCCUACUCGAGCUCUGCGUUGGCCCUCACAACCGCCAGCUCUGCCUUACCAACACGACCCCGCUCGCUCGAGACCAAUGCAGCUUCUCGGACUCACGCCCGGAGGAGCUUUCUGACCGCGUCGGACCGCAGUCUCCCCGAAGAUAUCGCUGUCCUCGGCGGUGGUCUGACUGGUCUCACGACCGCCUACUACUUGACGCGCUUCCACCCCGAUGCCAAGAUCACAAUCUACGAGUCCCAGGCCCGAGUGGGCGGGUGGGUAGACACGCAGCAGUUCGAGGUCACCACUCUCGAGGACAAUGAGGAGACCAUCAGCUUCGAGCGUGGCGCCCGCGUCGUCACGCCCCAGUCCAGCCUCACCCGGUGGGAGGAUUUUGUGUUGUACGACCUGAUCGCACAGCUUGGACUGGUCGACGAGUCGGUGUCUCUGCGAAAGGACGACCCAGUGCUGAGCAACCGCUAUAUCUACUACCCUGACCAUUUAGUCAACUUACCAGGUAGCCUUCCAAGCGAUUUCUUCGGGAGGCUGAAAUCGUACCUGAGCAUCGCAUACAAGCUGUUGACUGAACCUGUCUUCACCGGGGUGAUCGGGUCGGCAGUGACUGCGACCCUGAAUACAAACAAGCGGAAUGCAGAGGCAGCAAGGCAAUUACUGGCAGAAGGCCAGAGAAGCACAUCACACGCCAUUGCGGACUUGAAGGACAUGACUAUGGGCGAGUACUUCGAAAGUCUCCUUGGGCGCCCGGAUGCUAUCAAUAACCUCCAGUCGGCCCUGGUCCACGGCAUCUGGGGUGGUGAUGUGUGGAAGCUGAGCAUGCGGGAGGGUACAUUCCAGCAAGCGCUUAUAGCAGAUAAGCAUGGUGCAACUCCCCUGAUUGCAGUCAAGGACCAUGACCUCUUGUCGGGCCGGGAUAUCGCCGCGAGGAAUGAGUCUGCUGUGACGCUGAUGGCCAACCAUUACAACUCCGAGGUCGGAUACAUUAGUUUCCGUAACGGCUUCAGCACCCUAACAGAUGCCCUGGCCGACGCCUUGAAGAGCAACCCCAACGUGACCAUCAAGGCGGGCACCCCCGUCACCUCUAUCAGGUACGAGCAGGGAAAGGCAGUCGUCGUUGCACCCGAACAAGCCGGGAGCACCACGGUUGGUGAAGUGAAGUACGAUAAGGUAAUAUCAAGUCUGUACAGCGGCAGCCUCGGCAAGCUCACAGGCGAUGCUCUCCCGACAUUGAAGAACCACAGCACAGCUGUAACGAUCCAGAUCGUCAACCUGUGGUAUCCCAACCCCUCCCUAACGGCCAACUACCCCGGCUUUGGCUACCUCAUUCCGCAGUCCGUGCCCGCGGAAAACAACCCACACGCCGCGCUGGGCGUCAUCUUCGAUUCAGACCGCGACGCGGCGGCCGACAUCCCCGAACGCAAGUUCGCACAGGGCACGAAGCUGACCGUCAUGCUCGGCGGGCACUACUGGGACUACCUGGACGCCGACUCCUGGCCCGACGCCAAGGAGGCCACGGCGAUGGCCAUGGACACGGUCCACCGCCAGCUGGGCAUCCCGCCCACGGAGCCCGUCUUCACCUCCACAAAGGUCUGCCGCGAGUGCAUACCGCAGCACCUGGUGGGCCACCGGGAGCGCAUGGCCAAGGCACACACCGAGCUCUACGACGCCUUCCGCGGGACCCUGGCCGUCGUGGGGAGCUCCUACACCGCGCCCGGCGUCCUGCCCAGCCUCAAGGCCGGCCGUGACAUUGCGCUCCAGGUCUCGGGCCAGGGGUACAAGCUGGAUGAAAACACGCAGUAUGACAUGAUGUAUGGCAUGCCGCACGUCGGGGAGACGGGGCUGGGUCGCUUUGUUGGCAAGAACGAGACCUACCGUCUGUUCGACAAGAAGCGGCUGCCAUACCGGUAUGGGAACACCAAGGCGGUGAAGGCUGGUGAAUGGCCGUUGUAG